AUGUGCAUGUCAGAUACACUUCUGAUCCAAGAGAAACCUAAAGCAUACGAGAAGAAAUGUAGACAAAAAAAUGAAGGCACUUACUUCUAUGGAGGACAAACAUAUACCACUGCCAGUCAUGAUCUGAUUUCCACGCCUUCUGCUGGUGCUUUGAAUUUUGUGAAACAUUUGGAGAAAAAGGAUGGAAUUGAAGCAAGGGCCAAAGCUGAAAAACAAAACAAACCCAUCAUUUCCAUCACUCCAAAGCAACUGUUACAACAAACCCAGAGAGAGCACGCAGAAAGGAUGAAGAGACAGAAAACCCUCUCUGGUACCACUGGUGUACCUCAACAGCAUGUGAACCCCCUUGACUGCGUUCCUCAACUAGGGAAAGGAUUGGGGGGCGACAAGGGGGAAAUUUUUCUUGAGGAUUCCCCCUUGCAGAGACCCCUUUCUGCAAGGAGAAAUGAUAGUGUGGCAGCUGCAAAGAAAAAAGCUGUAGCCAAGGUGCAGGCAAAGGGUGGACUGGAGAGACAAGAUCCUAAUGCCAUUAAGAAGAAAAAAUCUCCGGAAACUUUGGAAGCUAAAAGAAAAAGGUUUGCCAUGGAAGAAGCAACUAAAGAAACUGGUUCUGGACAAAACGGGAAUUCUACAGAACCACCUAAAAAAAGGUCAAGGUUAUUAGGUGACCUUGAUCCUAAUUCUGAGGAAUUUAAACGAUUAUUGAAUGCGAAAUCUUCACACUCUGGCGCUGUGUCUGAGAUUGAGAUGGAGCAACAGGAAAAAUAUUUUGGUGAGCUUGAAAAACGUGAAAAGUAUGAAGAUAAAAUGAGCAACACAUUGGAGGUGAAGUGUUCAGUGGUAGUGUGUAAACAGUGUAAGUACAUGGCACAGAGUGCGGCCGACAGAUGCAAGGAAGAAGGGCACACAUUAGUCCGAAAAGAAGCCAUGAAAAAAUUCUUCAAAUGUGUACCUUGUGGUAAAAGAACCAUAGCAUUUGGAAUGCUUCCUACCAAAAACUGCAGUGGUUGUGGUGAAUUCAAGUAUGAGAAAACGUCUAUGUGGAAGGAGAAGAAAGGACCACUACUAGACAGUGAAAAACUUUUACUACGAGGAGUGGAAGAGAAAUUCCUGAGAUAAAAUCUCCUGAUUUAAAACAGCAAAUAAAAUGACUGAUGAUGAUAUUUAUUAACUGACAGCUAGUAAUUAAAAGAAACAGUCUGUGAUACUUUAUCACACUAAAUCAUUGUUAUGUAAUGAAUGAAGACUUGAUAUGGAAACUGUUCAAACUAUGUCACCUUGAGUUUGAGACCUAUAUUGAUGACUUCUCUCCGGUCAAGGACAGUAUUAUGCCCAGUAUAUGUGUGCAUACUUGAAAUGAUUUUACUGUAUACUGAGAUACAGCAUGGUCUUAGUAAGCUGUGUUUUCUUUAUUGCUAUCAAUGGUAUCAGUGAGUGUCCAAUUAAAGAAACAUUUGUAUGCAUUUCGCACUCACAUUAGUUUUUAUUAUUUUAUUAAAAC